CCCAAUUUGCGUUCUUCGAGCUGAAGAGGUCGCAGGUUUGCUUGCCUCUGAGUCAGCAGUAUCCAGGGGUACCCUUUUUCCCUCCGAGGGCGCCGCGCCUUCUCAUAUGACGUUGAGCCAAUUUAUUGGACGGGAUCUCAGCCUUCCGGUUACUCAAGUCACAUCUUACAUGCUUGCUCAUGCCACAAGAGACAGCAUUUCAUGUUCAGCAACGGAUUCUCGAUCUCGUGAGUACGGAGUACAAUGAUUCAGAAGCCAAGUACACUUGUCACAAGUACUACGAGGAACAUGACAGAAGCAAAGUCGAGACGGCAGUUUGUCUUCAUACGAGUAUGAGAUCAAUGACCACGAUGUGCACGGAUAAUAACUGCUCACUUCAUCUGGCAACAAGAUUUGAGCCUCCGAUUGGCUGCAUGGCUGCGAUUUACCCCUCCUGACUAAGCUUGCUAACCUUUUCAACCUUCUUUAGGAUCGUCAAUGAAUUGCUUGCUUGUCCUAUCCGGCUGUGCCGUUCCACCUCAUUCCUCUUCCUACUCCCUCUCGCCUGUAGCUCAUUGUUACCUGCGGCCCUACUCCUGAUUCCUAAGUACUGUCUUCGUGGCUGCAUCAGUCGGUCGGAUACUCCCCGUUAGAGUCGUUCGCCCUCUUCCAUCGUUGCAGGUGCGGCGGCGUAUACUGCACCAACCCCCCCGCAUUGAGGCAGCCGCCAAGGUGCAUGCCUGCGCUGACUUGAAGGACUCCCGCCGAAAAGAUCACCCUGUCCAGUUCCUGGCCUGCAGAACUCUUACCUCUGUGCGAUUGUUGGAAAAAGCCUUGCAUGCGAAACACCCUAUUCCCGAUAUUGAUCAUCCUGCAACACGUAAUCAAGGCAUCCUGACCGCAACCUUGCAUACAAGAAAAGAACCCUGUCGCAGCCUCACAACUCCAUUUAAUCUCGCCUCUGUGUGAACCAACUGGUGAAGAUUCCAUUCAGCACGCCUGUCUUCAUCGAGUCGAGCCCAGUUCGUCACAACGAUGUCGGUCCUUAAGAAGAUCUCUAAACGUGUGCCGACUCUGGGGAGUGACUCGCCGCGGGCUAGCGGCGAGUUCUCACCAGUCUCCUCUCAAAGCCCCGGACCUCAUCGUCGAUCUCUAGCCCACUUUCUUCACCUCGGUGACAAAGACUACACCUCCAGCGAAAAUGAGUCUGACAUGAGCGACUUUGACAGUGAUGGCUUGAGUAAGAAUGCUCAGAAGCGUGCCAUCGCAAAGCAGAAGAAGAAGGAACAAAAGUCAAGACUGAGCCUAGAGAAUCGCGAUGAUUCAGAGGAACGUAUCAAGAAGCGAUUGGAAGAAGCUGCGAAGACCGAAACGACUGAGAUGAAGGCUCGCUAUGGCGACCUGCCAUUGAUGCAAUCUACCAGCCGAUGGACCUCCGAACGCCUUGACAUCAGUACCAUUACUGAAGAUAUGGUUGGAAGAGAAAUCACUUUUCGAUGCAGAUUGCACCAUGUUCGCAACAUGGGCGCGAAGCUAGUCUUCCUCAUCUUCAGACAGCAGAUCUCCACCAUCCAAGGUGUACUCGUAGAGGCGCCGGGCAAGAUCUCUGCAAUCAUGAUCCACUGGGCUGAACAUCUCCGCACCGGCAACAUCAUGCUGGUCAAGGGGGUUCUGCAAAAGCCGCAAAUCCCUGUCAAGUCUGCGUCAAUUCAUACCAUGGAAGUCCAUGUUACUGAUCUACACAUCGUCGUUAAACGUGAUGAGCCUGUACCAUUCUCCGUUCAGGAGGCCGAACUGACCAUCUUUGACGAAGAUCAAAAGGUGGAUGGCCGUCAAACUCUGAUCCCCGAUCGAGUAAGACUCGCCAACCGAAUCAUGGAUCUGCGAACCGCUACGUCGCAUUCCAUCUUCCGUAUACAAGCUGCCGUGGGAAAUUUGUUCCGCACUGCUCUUGACGAACAGCGCUUCAUUGAAAUCCACACUCCAAAACUUCAAGGUGCUGCGACCGAAUCCGGCGCCUCCGUCUUCAAAGUUAAUUACUUUGGUCGGCCUGCUUUCCUGGCGCAGUCUCCUCAGCUUGCCAAGCAGAUGGCAGUUGCGUCCGAUUUUGAACGAGUUUAUGAAAUUGGUGCCGUAUUUAGAGCUGAGAAUUCCAACACCCACCGUCACUUGACUGAAUAUACGGGUCUCGACUUGGAAAUGGCCAUCGAAGAGCAUUAUCAUGAGAUGAUGGAUGUCAUUGAUACCGUCCUCAAGGGUAUCUUUUCUGGCAUCUACAAUAAGUAUCGUACCGAGGUGGAAAUCAUCAAAGAGCAGUUCCCCAGCGAGGAUCUGGUCUGGUUGGACGAGACUCCUCGAAUUCCAUUCAAGGACGCGGUCCAGCUUUUGACAGAUUCUGGUUGGCUAAACGAGGAUGGAGAACCGGUCAGCCCACUUGAAGACUUGUCAACUCGAGACGAGAUUCGUCUUGGUGAACUCAUGAAGGAGAAAUACAAGACUGAUUACUACAUCUUGGAUAAGUUCCCAAGAUCUGCUCGUCCUUUCUACACCAUGCCAGAUGCAAACGAUCCACGAUUCACCAACUCCUUCGACGUAUUUGUUCGAGGACAAGAAAUCAUUUCAGGUGGCCAACGUAUCCACGAGUCACAAAUGCUCGAGGACAACAUGCGCAUGGUUGGCAUUGACCCAGAUGAUAUGGCCGAGUACAUGGAGGGAUUUAAAUGGGGUGCUCCUCCGCACGCUGGCUGCGGUGUUGGUCUCGAACGAAUUGUCAUGCUGAUUCUGAAGUUGGGUAACAUCCGUAUUGCCUCACUCUUCCACAGAGACCCCAAAUCAUUCCCUGCCAAACCUCAAGUCGAGAAGCUCAGACACCCAGACGCAGACACUCUCAAUCCCGUUUGGCGUCAAGAGCGCGGCCGAGAGAUUGCAGUGGAGGACCGCAAGAUGCCAGAUCUCUUUGACCUCGUCGCAAACUACGGCGACGCUACAUCAACAUCAUGGGGUGACGACCGAUACAAGGUCUGGCGUCAUGCAGACACCGGCGCCGCCGUGUCGUACGUUCCUGAAGGCCAUUAUGCUAUUCUGCCUGGUGACCCACUUUGUGACCCCAGACAAUACUAUCGCGUUGUUGUUUCUUUCCUUCAAUGGUUGAAGAGAGAAACCCGCCUGAAACCCCUUUGGAUCCUGAUCGGGCCAGAGAUGGAAGAAGUUCUUGGUGAAAGACUAGGCUGGAAGACCCUCUCGUGUGUGGCUGAAGAGCGUGUCGACCCACACAAGAAGUCCGCUGAAACAGACCCUGAAGUGGCCAGGAAGAUCCGCAAAGCUCAGAACGAUGGUGUUAAGAUCACUGAUCUCGAUCCAAAAGAUCCUGUCCCAGAUUCGAUCAAAGAUCGCGCCAACGCCAGAGUAAAGGAUUGGCUUUCCAACCGUAAAGGAACACAAAUUCAUCUGUCCAACAUUGACUUGUUUAGAGACGAGAAGCACAGAAGGUACUUCAUUGCUGAAGACAAAGAUGGCAAACUUUGCGGUAUUGCCGUCAUGGCUAUGCUCGCUCCUCGAAAGGGCUGGCAAGCCAAAUACACUAUCGAUUUCCCAGGAGCACCGUCCGGAACCAUCGAAUACAUCACCACCCACGCACUCUCUGCCGCCGCAAACUCCGGCGUCAAUACUGUCACCUUCGGUGGAGGUGCUGCCAAUCACUUGACUCCGGGUCAUCACAUGAGUGGUGCAAAAGUGAAAAUGCUGCAGGCCACUUAUGAUGCUAUCGUCAAGCAGUUCAACCUUGCAAGGAAAUCCGAAUUCAGAGAGAAGAUUGGCGCGGUGGCCGAUCCCAUCUGGAUUGCAUAUCCUCCUCAUGGUCUUGGAUCUAGAGGCAUCAAGGCCAUUAUGCGAUUCUUCCAGGAUGAUUAAGCAAACUCUUCUCGGUUGCAGGUGCAGGUCAAGCGAGACAAUGUCCGGCAUCAUGUUUCAUGCUCGUACGAAAUCAUGUUAUGUGCUCUCCUAUAUUGGCUUAGGGCUGAAGUUAUGAACGAAGUCAUGAGGAACAUCUGGAUAGUAAUACUUGGCUCUGUGCUCGAGUACAAUCCUACAAGACUGUAUGAUUGGAGUGCAUUGGUGAUACUGCAAGCACGUAUACAAGAGCGCCAAAGAAAACCACACGCGAGGAACGACUGAUUUCGAGCUGAUGCUGGAACUGGACGGAUUGAUUGUGUCGUUUGAUGAAAGGGUGACCAUGUUUUUGUUUUGAAACCCGAUAUUCCCCCUCUCUCGCUUUGCAUUUCUUAUGCUUUUCUCUCGCCGUUAUCUAAAGACCCUUACACUAUGCCCUUCCUAUCGCGACUUUGGAUAGCCUAUAGUCCUUCGGGGCCCAACAUAUAAUAUACAGAGCUAUCCUUAAAAAAAAUUCGUCUUCUAUGGGCGGAUCGAUUAAUGGCAUCUCCCUGCCCGAGUGACUGUGGAGUAGCUAAACAGCUUUUCAUGUACUGCACCUCGAGAAGGCGACCAUCCCGUGCUACACACAAAGGCGAUUCAAAAUUCUUAAUCAUACUACUCGUCGCCGACCGGGGAGUGGCAUGAGUGGAGAUUGAUUGUCACGCUGUGUGUAGUAAGGAAUCGGGCCAAGUCAAGGCAACAUUCUCAUACCUAUAUUCAAGGGACGUGACAGUCGUAAAUGGUUUGUCGAAUGGUCUCGUGGAGAUCUGCUCAUUAUCAUAUAACGUAGGGAGUUGUUGAACAACACAUAUUUUUACAUCUCAUGA